CCGGCAAUUAUAAAUACCACUCCCCCCUUUUUUCUUUUCUUCACAACUACUAGUAUUCCAACUUCUUCUUCUUCUUCUUCUUCAAUAAUCCCUCUCUCUCUCUCUCUCUCUCCUUGAUUUUUAGGAUGACGAUCCUCAUUCCUCAGCCUCAGUUUGGAAUUGAAGUGGAGGAAAAGAGCAGUGCAAAGGAAGAAGUAGUUUUGGAUGCAGGAUUUUUGGUUCCAGAUGCUAAUGCAUUUGGCCAUAACUUUAGGGAUUAUGAUGGUGAAAGUGAGAGGCAAGCAGGGGUGGAAACUUUCUACAAAAUCAAUCACAUUAACCAAACCUAUCAUUUUGUGAAGAGAAUGAGGGAAGAAUAUGGGAAAUUGGACAAGGUUGAAAUGAGCAUAUGGGAAUGCUGUGAACUGUUGAAUGAUGUGAUUGAUGAGAGUGAUCCUGACUUGGAUGAACCUCAAAUCGAGCACUUGCUUCAGACUGCCGAAGCCAUCAGACAAGACUAUCCUAAUGAGGAUUGGCUCCAUUUGACCGCCCUCAUUCAUGAUCUUGGAAAGGUUCUUCAUCAUCCCAAGUUCGGAGAGCUCCCACAAUGGGCCGUUGUUGGUGAUACGUUUCCGGUUGGAUGUGCAUUCGAUGAAUCAAUCGUUCACCACAAGUAUUUCGAGGAAAAUCCUGACUACAACAACCCUGCUUACAAUACCAAGUUUGGAGUGUACAAGGCAGGGUGUGGACUUGACAAUGUGCUCAUGUCAUGGGGCCACGACGACUACAUGUACUUGGUCGCAAAGGAGAACAAGUCGACGUUGCCCUCAGCUGGUCUUUUCGUCAUCAGAUACCACUCAUUUUACGCAUUGCAUAGAACUGGAGCAUACAAGUACUUGAUGAACGAGGAAGAUGAGGAGAACAUCAAGUGGCUCAAAAUUUUCAACAAGUAUGAUUUGUACAGCAAAAGUAAGGUUAGAAUCGAUGUGGAGAAAGUGAAGCCGUAUUACCUCUCCCUCAUUCACAAGUAUUUCCCGGAGAAACUCAGAUGGUGAAAUUCGUAAGUUUUUGAAGUGUUUGGAUGAUGCGGUGAGGGAUGGGAAGAGUUGUAUCAGUUUUCUGCUUAUAAAAUGUUGGAUUUUCUAGAUGGAAUAAAGUUUGGUUUUUUAUUUUACA